AUGUUUGAAUCAAUAUUGGAGAGAAUUUUGAACAAUUAUUUUGGGAGAUUUAUCACUGGAUUAGAUCAAAAUAAUUUACAUUUAGGAGUAUGGAAAGGAGAUAUAAAAAUUGAAAAUGUUAGUAUAAGAAGCGAUUUGAUGGAUAAUCUUGAAUAUCCGUUAAAAAUAAAAUAUUCCAACAUAGGAAGUUUAAUAAUUAAAGUUCCUUGGACAAAGCUUUCAUCAAUGCCAGUUCAGAUAAUUCUUCAAGAUAUUUUUAUUUUAGUUGAACCAAUUGAUGAAAAAAAUUGGAAUUUUUAGGAUGAUAAAGCAAUAAAUAGAAAGCUAACUAUAAUAUAGAAUUACUUAUAAAUGUGCAUUGAAAAGUUUUUAAUGAAACAAGAAUAGAAUUCUUUAAUAUAAACAAAAAAUACUGAGGGUGGCAGCAGUUCUGAUUAAGAAAAUAACUAAUCUUAUUUAGGAAAACUAACAAAAAGGAUUAUAGACAACUUAGAGUUAACAAUACAGAGGAUUCACUUUAGAUGGGAGGAUAAAAUAUAGUAGUAUUCAUGGGGAAUAUCGCUUGAAGAAAUUAGUGUUUUUACUUGUGAUGGAGAAUGGAAAAAGAAAUUUUUGGAUGGAACUCAAACAUAAGAUUAACUUAUCAGAAAGCUUGGAGAAAUUAAAAAUCUGUCCUUAUAUUGGAAUGAUUCAGAGACUGAAUUCCUGACUAGAGAUUAACAAAAUAUCAAUUAAAAAAUGGUGUAAUAUGUGUAGUAAAAUAACGAAAAAAAGCAUGAAAUAUUAAAUUUGUCCAUUAAUGUGAAGGUUUCUUAAAAAAUUAAUAGCAGUGAAAUAAUUUGUUAAGUAGAGCAAUAGAAACUAGAAUUUAUUCUUAAGGUCUAGUAACUUUUACAAAUAACUAAACUAUUAGAAAAAAUGCAAGUCUAUAAGAAAUUAUUAUGGAUGGCUUAAAAUGAUUAGAAAAAACCUGAAGAAGAUAAUCUAACAGAAUAGGAAUUAAAUGACUAUAAAUAAUCCUUUUUAGAAGUUAUGGAUUAAAUAAAAUAGUCAUAGAAUCUUCAAAAUAGUAACUUUGAUAUAAAGAAGACUUAAAUGCCAAUAAUUUUAAGAAAGGUGAAGUAUGAGGUACUUUUUGAAUGGUCAAGAGAAUGUGCUAAAUAAAGAAUUAAAGAAAAGACAAUAGACUAAGAACAGGAAAAGAAAAAUAAACAAAAAUGGUUCUUCUAAAAUAAAAAUGAAGCUCUUUCUAAAUAAGAAUAGGAAGAGAUUGAAAGAAAAAUUGAAAUCGAGUUCGCUAAAGAAAAUGAUUUCUUAGAUUCUCCUGAAAAAGGUAAGAAUCAGGGAAACAAUAAAGAUGGAUCCAGUAAAAAUAAAUAAAAUUUUACAAAGAAGUAGCUAAUUAGCCUUACUAAAAAGAAAAAGAAGAUAAAUCUGAUUAUUGAUUUUAACCUUCACAUUUUAAGCAUAGUGCUGUAAGAAAGCUAGAGCUAGAAUCUACAACUUGAUGUGAACAAAAUACAUUUUUAUAUGGUUAAAAAUGGUGAUGAAAAACAAAACAUAGAAUUUACUGUUCGUAAUAUUAUCCUAUUUUAAGGUAUAAAAAAUUAGGAUGAAAAUGAAAAACGCUUGAUUGGCAAUAACAUAGAUAUAUAAAAAGAAAUGUUAAAUAAAAAUAUUGGACUCGACUCUCCCUUUAUAACUUCGCCUCAAACUCUUUAAUUUCACUCUCAGUCUAGGAAGGUUUACAAAAAAGUUAAUAAAUAUAUUUAUUGCCCAAAAAAUGAAGAAAAUUCAUAAGAUUUUGAAAAUGAGGAACAGGGGUAUUUAGAUGAUUUUAAAGGUCGCAACAGGAAAGCCAAUUAGGUAGAUGAAGAAUAAAAAUAUUAGGAAGAUGAAGAUUUAAGUGAAUUUAAUUCAUAAUUUUCUGAAAAUGAAGGUAAGAACAAAAGAGAUAGAUCAAAAUAAUCUGCUAAUCAAUAAAAUCCAUUUUUAAGCAUAACUUUAGAGAAAACUAUUCUGACAGCAUCUACAGAGUAAAAAGAAGAAGAAUAAUAGACAAUAAAUUAAAAAAUCACAUCAUUUAAUACAGGGAUAAGUGGUGAGCAAGCUGCUUCAUAACAACAAUAAUCUGUUAGUAAUAAUGAAGAAGAUGAUUAUAUUAAAUUUAAAUCUUAUCUAAAAUGUCGUGUGUAGCCUUUAGUUGUAUUUUAUGAUAAGGAUUUUAUUGAUAGAACAAAGAAAUUCUUUGAAAUAAAAAAUCAAGAUGAAUUUUUAAAGUCAGCAACCUGGUAAAAAAUUGAGUAAAUACAAGAUGAAACAGCUAAUAGAUUUUCGAGAGCAAUUAAACAAUAAAGUAAAAAUGAAUGGAUAUUAGAUAUCGAAAUUUUCAGAUAAAAAGUUAGAAUACCUGUAGAUACCUCAGAAGCUUUGUGGGAAUUAAAAAUUCCAAAGAUUUCUAUCAAAAAUAUAAAUACAAAUUCUAAUUCGAAAAUUUAACAUAAUGCCUAUAUAGAAAACAUUAGCUUAUGCUUAAAAGAAACAAAUAUUAGUACCUACUUACUGAGAGAUUAUACAAUGCAGGCUGAAAUCAUUUAAAAUAAAUAGCAAAUAAUAUAGUAAUAAAAUCGUUAUUAAAAUACAAGAAAUAAACAGCCAGAUGAAAUUCCAUUAUUUAAAACAACUUUACUCCUUCCUUCUCUUUCUCUUGAAUUGACAGAAGCAUUUUGCAAAAAAAUCCUUCUGAUCCCUUAAGCAUUUAGAUUGAAAAAAAAUAAAAAGUAAGAGAAAAGAGAAAAACUAAAAGAAAAACUGUUAUCAAACUGCACUCAUAAAGGUUAUCUGUAAUGCAAAGAAAACUAUGAAUGGAAUAAAUAUUUCGUUGUAUUUGCAGGAGCUUAUUUAUAUUUUUUCAGUGAUGAUUCUAUUUCUUCUUCUGACAUACUAAAACAAAUUUAUAUCAAAAACUCCUUGAUUCAUAAUUCUCUAUCAAAUGCCGGUAAUUCUCCUCAUAAAAAAAACUCAAUAAACCAAGGCUUUUUACUACACCCUUAUACUUUUAGCAUAAAAAAUAGAUAUGAUUAAUGCGAACUAGCUUGUGGAUAGAAAAAAGAAUUAGUAGAUUGGACUACGAAGCUAAUUUAGAAAGUAGAAGAAUAUGCUACAAUAGAAGAGUUGAUCAAACUCAAAGAAAAAGAGGAAGAAGAGAUUGAGGAUUCAAAUAACAGGAAAGAAGAGGAGGAUACUUCUAUAGGAAAUAAUUAAGACAAAAGCAAAGAGAACUUUCAUGAUGCAUAAUAAAAAUCUUCUGAAGAUAAAUAAAGAUCCGAAAGUAGAAGCAAUAAUCAAAUGCAUUUGAAUUCUUUAAUUUCUAUUUCUAUGGAUAAAUUUAACUUAAAAGUUAUUAAGUUUAAGCUUAGAGGUUCUCCUUCUGACUAAGGAAGAAUUAGCAUUACCUAAGCUUCAUAGAAAGGUUUGAAUAGCCCUGAUUAUAAUAAGUGUGAAGAAGGAGAAGAAUAGAGUGAGUAAGAUUAUUACAUAGACUUACAGUUGUAUAAAUUAAAAAUAGAUAAUAAGAGUUAUCAAACAGAAACUUAGAUGUCAAUUUAAUUUAAACAAAUAAUUUUACUUGAUGGAGUUUUUAAAUUUACAAAUGAAAGAUUUUAGCCUUUAAUUUAAACAGAAAAAAAUACUUUUUCAGAGAUUUUAAUCAUAACCAGAAAAAAUAACAAGAAAAUUAAUGUACCAAAUAAGGAAAUUAUUGUUACUAUGCAGAAAGCUUUAGUUAAUUGGAAGCCAGAUACCAUAUUGAAAAUAAGAGAAUGGGUAAAAAUUAUGAAAGGACUUCCAAUUGUCACAAUAUUCAAGUAGGAGGAAGAGAUGACUAUUGAGUAAAUUCUAUAAGAGGCUAUACAUAGAAAUCAAGAGAGAGAACAAGCAUAUACUUAGAGCUUUUAGACAGUAAAAGAUAAGUAGCAGCUAUUUAUUAAUUAUAGCUAAGCUUAAGAGGCAGGAAGAUGUUCAUAACUAUUAUUUGAUUUAGGGUUAUAGAUUGAGUAAUUAGAAGUUAAUUUAAUUCACAGAACUUCUCAUAUGGGUAUUUAUAACGCCAAAGUUUAAAAUGCUGAUGUAGUCUUUAAAAAAACAGCAGAAGCUAAGUAUUUAGAUGGAACUAUUAAAGAAUUUACUGUUUAUGAUAUCACUAACUACCCAAAAACAAUUGACUCCAAUCUAUACUUUGAUCAGAUCAAACCGACUCCUUUAUUAGGAAGAAAGAUUGGAGCAGAGAACUCAAAGAAAAAUAAUGGAAGAUUCAGAUUUGCUUCAUAUUAGGAUUAAAAUAUUUAUAACAAAGAUAGAGUGAAUUCAUUUUUGCAACUUGAUUUCAACGAGAUAUUUGCUGUGUACCAACAAUAACCUAUAAUGAGAAUGAUAAAUUACAUAGUAAACUACUUUUGUUGGAUCUUUAUUUAGCCUGAGUUUUUAACCAUGAAUGAUGAUUAUUUUGCAUAAAAAUUAGUCUAACCAGAUCUUUAGCCGAAAAAUGUUUGGGGUAGCAAAAUAGAAAUGCUUUAAAAAAUCCUAUUUGCAACAUUUAUGGAUAUAAGAGUGUAUCUUUACGAUUCUUUUGUUCAAAUAAAACCUUUUCCAUAAUUUACUGAAUUCUUUUAACUUGACACUAAGUUAGUUGAAGUUUAUAAUUCUCCUUUUUAGUCAAAUAGAAGAUACAAAAAAUUAAUAGUUCCUAAGGGUGCUGAUAGGCUAUUCAAUUUACUAGAAGAAGAUUGGAAUAUACAUGUUCACCCAAUGACAAUAUAACAUGUCAAAGACAACUGCAUAUUUAAAAACAUAUCUACUCUGACAAGGUAUAAUAUGAAAUGGAAUAGGAUGUGCUUUUAUCCAAAUUUAAACUAUUUGUAUCCUGAAUUAGAUAACAGUGUUAUUGACAGUGGAUUCUGGAUUAGAAGUGAAUUGCAUCCAUUCACUCUGAAACUUUUCAGAAACGAGUAUAUUCAUCUAAUUAGAAUGAUUAUCCAUAAUUUUACAUAAAAUGACUUCAAAGAUAUAUGGUUUAAUCACUCUUAAAAGGUUCAACAAUUGUUUCCACCUGCUGAAAUGAACUUUUACAUUGAUUUCCCUAAUGUCUCUGUUUUUGCAAUGAGCAGAGUAGAUGAUAUACCACAUAUUAAAUUAGUAAUCAAUAGAUUACGUCUUAAGUGGUUAAAAGACCAAAAAAAUGAUAUAAUUAUUGCUUUAUACGGUGAAAAGAUUAAUAUUUCUUAUUAUGAUAAAGUUGAUAAUUAAAACUUGCUAGAAAAAAAAUUAAUGGGCGAAGAUAUUUUAAAGGUAUAAAAAGUGAAACUACAAGGAAAAUCUAGUGACAUUUUCCAAAUCGAUCACACAUUUGUUAUUGAUCGCUAAUAUACACCACUAUAACUAUCAUAAAUGAAUACAUAUGGAUUUGAAGAUAAAGAAUUCAAUGAGAAAAGAGCUUAAUUUACUUUCUAUGAAAAUAUGUUCUCUGGAAGUGGAGACAAAGAUAUGCUUUUGAAGUUUUAAGAUGUGAAAGUUUAUGUGAAGUCUAGUGUAAUUAUGAAUGUGGCUUUUUGGUCAAUGAUGCAAUAAGAUUGCUGGCCUAAAAAAGAUGUCUGGGAUGAUUUAAAUAGAAUCAUUUUCAUGACUAACUUAAUAAACUGCCAAUUAAUCCUACCAAGUGAUUAAAGCGAUUUGGUUCUUUUCUCUAGAGGUGAAGUUUCAUAUGUAUUUAUGAGAUAAAAAAUGAAGUAAUAAGAAGACUUUAGGGAAAGGUUUAUGAAAGGAUAGGUUGACAAUGAAUACUUAAAUGAUAUGGGUGAUGUUUAUACGUUCUCAGUAACUUUAAAAGAUUUUGAACUUUAUAGAUGCAAUAUAUAAGAUUUGAACAAACAAAAGUUUGAUCAAAUACCUCGUCGAAGCAUCUUGAUGCCUGCAAAUAUAUUGUGGCAUAUGAACAAAUAUAUUUAAAUAGCUGAUAAACCUUACUAUCCUGUUUUCUUUAAUGUUAGACAUGAUAUAAACUUUGAUAAAACUAUCAUCAAAUUUUCAUACAAAGAUAUUUAUUUGAUAAAAAGAGUCAUAGAUUUCUGGAAGAAGGAUUUAGUAAAUCAAAAAAAAGAUCCUGAUUGGGUCAAAAUGAAGUAGGAAGAAGAGGAGGCAUUUAAAUAGGAUCCAAAGAAUUCAUAAGAAACUCCAAGCUAGUAAACUAUUUUUGAUGUUGUUCUGCAUGGUGCAAAAGUUUUUAUAAUUAAUGAUGGUGAAGGCAGCUCAGUUCCUGUUUUAGAAUUAACUUUAAAUGAAACUUAAAUGGUUUAUAAUAUUUCUAAAGUUAAAAGUAUUAUGUCUGCAAUAUUAAAGUUCUCUUUAGGUUUUUAUAAUCCUAGUACAAGUAAAUGGGAGCCUAUCAUUGAGAGAGCUGCUCUUGAUUUUGAUAUUUCUUUUAAUAAAUACUCAAAUCCUAGAAAAUAAAUUAUUAUAGAACUCAAUCCUGAAUAUGAAGAAAUCAACAUCAAUAUUUCUAAGGAACUGAUUAAAAUAAUUAAGCACACUAUUAUCAGCUGGAAAAGAGAAAUUUAAUUGCUAGAAAUUGAUGAAAAAGUAUACUAGUAAAGUAUCAAAAAUUAAAAUUUAAUAUACAUGGAAUAAAUAUUUGAAGAAUGUGAGGAAAUGGAGGAGAAUCAUGCUCUUUAGUCUAAUAUUUCUUCUUAAAUUAUUUAGAAUAUGACUAAUAAUAGUGGAAAUAAUUAAACUUAAAGCAACAAUAGCGAAGCAAACUAAAUCUACUAACCUUCAAGUAGCUAAUUGAGAUAAUAAUUGUAAAAAUAAUCUUCUUACAUUAGAAAUAACUCUGGAAACAAUCACCAAAAUUAGUAUUAUCCCCAAUCUCCAGAGAAAACAUCCAUAUUCUAAAGAGAUUAAUUUAACUUUUCAUCUGAUUUUAGAAUGGAAUCUCUUGCAUUAUCAAGAGAAACUUCUACAAAGUUUGUUGAAAGCGCAGAAAAAGAAUCCCUUGAAUAUGUUUCUCCCUACACAAUCAGAAAUGAGUUAGGAUAUGCUAUUUCUAUAAAAUCAGACUAUGAUCCAAACAAGCCUAAUAGAGUUACUUACGGAGCUUAAGUAAUCAAUUAUCACCCUGGAUAUACAAUUCCAACUUGGACAGAAAUGAAUUAUUAAAUUGAUUCAGAUACGUAUUCUAAUUUUUUUAAUAAUUCUGAUCUAAGAGAAAAAAGAACUAUCACUCUAACUCUGAAGCAUCCAUAUUUAGAAUUUGAUGCAAUUAAUGGUAUAGAUUUAGACUCAGUACAAAAAACCAUGCACUAACUCUAAUCUAAGACUGAUAAAACCUUUUAGGCAACACAAUUAAUUAUUGAAGUUAUUCCUUAAGCUACAAGAAAAAUGAUAAUACUUAGGUCUUCAUUAACCUUCAUAAAUAAACUUGAUGAGACUCUUGAGAUAUAGCUAAUGCAUCCUUCUAUAAUCUAGAGUUUCACUAAUGGAAGGGAAAGCUAAAUAGAUUCUUAAGAGCAUGUUGACUCUAAUAUAAAUAGUGAAGCUAAUAUAGAAGAAUAUCCUUCAACCUUUUUCUUGCUGGGUCCAAAUCAAAGACUCUGUAUUCCUUUUGACAAAAUAAAUUACAUCUUAUUGUUCAGAUUUAGUAAUCAGUUAUGUUUAACUUUAAAAUAGAUAGAAGGUUAAGAUUUAACAAAUAAGUCAAAGUGGUCUUAAAAGUUAAAUCUAAGUAAAGUUACUGAAAUACAUUAAGAGAUAGUCAGUUACCCCCUUAGGCAUAGCAAUGAUAAAAUUUCAAUGAUUAAAUUUAUAAAGAAACUAGAGGGAGAAUGCAUAAUAUAAGCAGAACCAAGUAUAAUAGUAAAAAAUUGUCUUCCCUUACCAAUCAAAUACAAGCUGUAUUUUGAAAGUUAAGUAAACGAUUAAAUAGAUGUAAAAACAUUUGAUGGGACACUUCACAUUUAAUAAGAAAUUCAAUCACAUUAUGUCUCUUUAGACCAUAGAGUCUUUAUCAAUAUUCAACUUCCAGGUUAUAAAUGGAGUAAAAAAGCUCUUCUAUACAGUCCAGAAAUUAAUGAAAACCAAGUAGAAAAAAUAGAAAUCUUUGAUUAUUAGGAAUAUUCAACAUACUUAGAAAUUUAAAAAUGUGAAAACACCUUUGGUAGUAAAAAAUAUUUUAUUUACACUCCCUAAUUUGUAAUCAAUGAAACUCCUUAUGAUAUCUUUUACUUCUCAAAACAAAAGAAUAGAAUGCAAAUCAUCUCUGGAUAAAGAGUAACAUAGGUGUAAUAGCAGUUUUAAGAUGUUGAAUAAAAUAAUUUACCUUCUGCUAAAAUAUGUUUACUGUCUAACUUAUAAAAUUUAAUCAUCUCACUUAAUGAAAACGGAGAUCAUCAAUCAUAGCCCAUAGACUUAUAGACUUUUGGAUAAAACACAAUUGAUUUAUGUGUUCCUUAAGUAGAAGAACCAACAUCUUUGUAUUAGUUUGGAAUGAACGUUUCAUUAAUAUGUGCAGAUUCAGUGCAGCAGAUUUAUAUUAAAUCAGUAAUAAUUAGUCCUAAGUAUAUAGUGGUUAAUAAGACAAAUUACAGUAUGAGUGUAUGUCAAAGCACAGAAGAAAAGAGUGUUACUGUAGUUGAGGCAGAAAGUAGAUUACCAUUCUUUUGGACUAACUUUUACAAAAAUAAGCAUUUAAGGAUAAGAGUAUAAGAGCCUGACGAGGGAACUUGGGGUUGGAGUGGUUCAAUAGAUGUUAAUGAUUCAUAAAGUAAUAUGAUAUCUUUCUGUCUAAGAAAUUAAAGAAAUGAUAAACAUACAAAAUUUAUGAAGCUGGAUGUAAGAUAGGAUGAGCAUCUUGUCUAUUUAGUGCUUCACGAGUGUAAUAAUGAAGAAGAAGCUGUUUACAUUAUAGAAAACAAGCUCGAUGAUAUUGAAAUAGAAGUUUCAUAAAGAGAUCAACUUUAAUUCUUCGCUAUUAGUGCUCAUACAAGCUAAUAAUUUGCUUGGGAAUAACCAAUAUAGAAUAAGGAUAUUUAAGUAAAUUUGAAGUUCAAAGGCAAGUAUUUAGAUCAAUAUGAAGUAGAACCUUUAAUACUUAACUUAGAAGAUAAUGAUAGUGAAAGGGAGUAUAAAAUAUGCUCUUUAAAAAACGAAGAUGAAUUCCUCAUAUUCUAUGGUAUGAUUUGUAUUGAAGGAUCAACAAAAAAAGUUAAAUUCUACUUUGAACAUGAAAUCCAUGAAAGAAACAAGCUAGAAGACAAUUUAGAUAUUCAAGUGGGAGCAAAACUUAAAAAUUUUAACAUAAGUUUGAUAAGUUGGAAUAAUUAGAAAAGAUAAGAAAUAGCUUUAUGUCAUUUAAAAAAUAUAGAUUUUGUCAUGCUGCAAACUUAAAGCGAAAGAACAUGCUAGCUGAAAGUUGGGUUUAUUUAAAUUGACAAUAAUAUCUCUUACUCAGCAUCUUUCCCUGUAGCUUUUACUCCUACUGCUUUUGAAAAAAUGUAGAAACUCAACCGCCCUCAUUUUAGUUUAAUAUUAGUACAAAACAUAAUGGUUAAAAAUAUUAAAAUUAUUAAGAGUGUAAAGUGCUAACUUUAGCAAUCUACUUUGAAAUUAACAGAUAAUUUCUUAGAUUGCAUAAUUAAUUUUAUUUAAGAAUGUAAUGCACCUUUGUAAGCUAUCCAGAAAUAGCAAGAUACCAUUCAAAAUAAUGAUAAAAAUGCUAGUAAUAGAGUAAUGAACAUGAAAAAUAUCUUUAAUAAAGGGAAUAGAGUGAGCUCUACCUAAAGUAUGUUUGGUGAUAAUAGUGGGUAUAUAGAUAAUUUAUAAGAAUUGAGCAUUUAGAAUGAUAUGUUAAGGAGUAACUCAAAUAUUUAAUUUGAGUGGUAAUAUUCGAAAUUACCUAACAUCUAAGCUAUAACUUUGAUUAACGAAAUUGAGAUUUACCCAAUUGAUCUUGAUCUCUCUUUUAAGGCAAACACAAAGGAAGACUCUGCAGAUCAGACUUUCUUUGUUUUAAACAUUUUCAAAGCUAUAGGUUUAGCAUUUAAAAAUAUUGAUAAUGCAUCAGUUAAUUUAAAAAGAACAAAGUUACAUAAUGUUUUAGAUACCACAUCUGGAGCAAUCAAGAGAUUAGUCAAAAGUUAUUAUCUAGCAGUUAUUUCUAUUUUCUUAAAUAUGAUUGGGUCUCUUAACCUAUUCGCAAAUCCUCUUGGUUUUGUUAAGAGUAUUUACAUUGGAUUUUCAGAUCUUAUCAGUUAUCCUAUUGAAGGAUUUAUUAAAGGACCUGUUGAAGGUACUAUAUCUAUUUUUAAAGGAGUAGGAAGCUUAGCAAAAAAUAGCAUAUCCGGUUCUUUUAACUCAGUAUAAUCCCUUACAGAGCCAUUAUCGACAGUCUGCUCUACUCUUUCAUUGGAUGAUGUCUAUAUUGAAAAGAGAGCAUAUUUAAAUUCACUUCAUCCAAGACAUGCUAUUGAAGGUAUUGGAAUAGGUCUUUUAGCUAUGGGAAAUGGUAUUUAAAGAGGUGUAGUAGGUUUAGUAGACAUACCCUAUAGCGAAGCUAAAAAAUCAGGAGUAGUAGGUUUGUUAAAAGGAAGCAUGAAAGGAUUAAGUGGGGUCUUAUUUAAGCCUAUAUGUGGUGGUAUUGACUUUGUUUCAAAGACAGCAGAAGGUAUUAAAAAUACAGUAACUUUCUUUGACGAUAAGCCAUCAAACAAAAGAAUACGUAAUAUAAGGCCAUUUUAUGGUAUUGAUCAAUACUACAAAGAAUAUGAUGCAGUAGAUGCAAAUAUAGUUUACAAAUUCAAUAAGGAUCAAAAAAGUAAAUAUAAAGAUGAUAUUUUUAUUGGCACCUUCAUAUUACUUGAUUUUGAGCAAGCAAGGCAAAUUGCUGUAAGCUAAACCGUGGGUGAAAUAAAUAAUAGUGCUUAAUAUGAAUUUGAACAAAAUGGAAAUGAAAAGCUUCUAGUUAUAACUUUACAUUAUAUCAUCCUAACUAGAUAUAAAGAUAAUAAGCUUAUAUGGGAUGUGGAUAUAAAUAAUAUAACUUAAAUAAACUCUUCUGAUUUAAGCAUAAAAAUUAUGCAUAAGCUGUCAUCAAACAAAAUUUAAAUUUACGAAAUUAUUUGUCACAAAAAAGAGUUAACUGAAUUAAUUUUGGAUAAAAUUAACUAUGCUAAAGAAAAUAUAUCCAAGCUUUAAGAGAAUAAAUGA